AUAGGUCAGUCGUAGAAUUGUAAGUAAGAGAGAAGGACGGGUACUCUGAAAACCUGAAUAAAAUAUAUUUUAGUUUUGUGGAAAGUAAAAAAGUUUUACAAUUUUCCAAAGUGAAAAAAGGAAACGAAACAAACAAAAUGGAAAGGUUUAUACGUGAUUACUUACAUUUCUCAAAUUCCCCGGAAGACGCCUCCGAGGGCAAUAACGGCUUUAUAGGAAGGAUUGCUCUGAAGCUAGGCAUGGGGAUUGACCAUAUGACGAAUACGCAGGAGACACAUUAUGAUCAGAUGAUAGUGUUUGGAUUGACCUCAUGUGCCUUUGGUCUUUUAAGUAUCUUUAUAUUUUUCAUGAUGCGUGUGCAAAAGUACAAUACUGUACCACAAGUUGAGGAGGAGGUCAAGGCACCAAAGGCUAUGAAGAAUGUCAAGCAACCACAAACUGAGAGAACGAAAGCUACAAAGCAAAAUCCCAGAAUGCAAAACCGUAGUGUUCAAGUAGGAAUUAGAAAAAGAGGACUCCGAAGCAACUCAAGACACAGAGAUGAAUAAGAAUGUAUAUCCUCCCUUGAAUCGAACAAAUACUUCUCCAGAUCACAGCGAAGUCUAAAUAUUUGUUUUAAUAUAUAUUUUUAAUAAGUUAAUUCCUUUAUAAGGAAAUGCACAUCAAGAGUCGAUCAAUGUGAUGUCUAUAGUAUAUCCAUCGACUCCACAUUAUAAAAAUCCGUCGUCAUGAAAAAAUGUAGGGCCCAUUUUUGAGAUGUAUCAGUAGAUUUGGGGUAUUCCCUAAUAGCAAGUCUAUCCAAAAUUGUUGAUGUAAUUUUCUUUUUGCUUUCGAAUUGUAUGAAUAUAACACUGUUACAAUGAAA